AUGGCGGAGCUGGACCCGCUGCUGUCGAGCUUCCAGAGCCAGCUCUCGGAGGUGAUGGAGGCCGUGGUGCGGGGCGCCGUGCUGGAGGUGACCCGGCUGGUGGAGGACGUGUUCCUGCGGGAGGUGAGGCGCAGGAGGCGGGAGGCGGAGUCCCUGAGGAGGCGCCUGCGGUGGACGGAGGCCGGGAGGGACAUUCCGGAGGAGAGCCUCCAGGACCAGGACCCCCCGGGAGGUGAGUGCCCGGGGUCUCGCCUGCACAGCCUCCUCCUCCCAGUCCCUCUCACGCAGGCAUGA